CGCGUCCUCAGACAUGCAGCCGCGCUGCGAUGAAGCGGAGCAGGAGACGCCGCCGCGGCGAGAGUGCAGUGGCGAUGGCUGCUGACCAUGAAGCUGGAGCCAGAUCUGCCCCCCGCUUCCUCCUGUCAAAGACAAGUCUCUGGUUGAACACUGAGUGCAGACUCGCCGAGUAUGCCAACUGAGCACGGGAAAGCCCCACGGACCGCUUAACACUCUGUCCCAUCUGAGUACGAGGUGGCAACGAAAGACCCAAUGCCAUGGAUGCAUUUAAUUUCACCUACUGGAAUGCCUCUGAAGGCAAUGAGACGGAAGUGGUGGAAGAUAGUGAAAGUGCCUAUAAGACGGUGGAGGUGGUGUUCAUCGUGCUGGUGGCUGGUUCCCUCAGUUUGGUCACAGUUAUUGGCAAUAUCCUGGUCAUGCUUUCCAUCAAAGUUAACAGGAACCUACAGACUGUCAACAACUAUUUUUUAUUCAGCCUUGCAUGUGCAGACCUAAUUAUUGGACUGUGCUCUAUGAACUUGUACACAGUUUACAUAGUAAUAGGCUACUGGCCCUUGGGGCCCGUGGUGUGUGACUUGUGGUUAGCUUUGGACUAUGUUGUCAGCAAUGCAUCUGUCAUGAAUCUUCUCAUCAUUAGUUUUGACAGAUAUUUCUGUGUCACCAAGCCCCUCAGCUACCCUGUAAAAAGGACCACCAAAAUGGCAGGAAUGAUGAUUGCUGCUGCCUGGGUCCUUUCCUUCAUCCUGUGGGCGCCUGCUAUUCUCUUCUGGCAGUUCAUUGUGGGCGGGCGGACAGUGCCUGAGAGGGAGUGCUACAUCCAGUUCUUUUCCAAUGCUGCCGUCACUUUUGGCACAGCCAUCGCUGCCUUUUACCUGCCUGUCAUCAUCAUGAUUGUGCUUUACUGGCAGAUCUCCAGAGCGAGCAAGAGCCGUGUGAAGAAGGACAACCGCAAGCCAUCGGGAGCAAACCCAGAGCCUCAGUCACCGGGCCAAAGGAGAAACAGCACAACAAAGCCCAAUAACAACAAUGUUCCAGGGGAAGAACCGGGGAAUUCCCAGAACCAGAGUGCUCACGAUGGGGCCAACCAGCACGAUGAGAGACUGCAGAAUGGGAAAGGACCGUCCUCCGCCACUGCUGAUGGAGAAACUGAAGCUGACGAUGUGGCAAGAGAGAACUGCGCUCCUGGAGAUGAGAAGGAGAGUUCCAAUGACUCAACAUCUUGUAGUGUGGCUGCUUCCAAUCCGAAGGAUGAGGAACCGGCGGCGUCUGCAGCCAACUCCAGCGCAGAAACAAGCCAGCCACCCCCACGUCAGCGAGCCAAAGCAGGGGGCUCCAAACUAACCUGCAUCAAGAUCAAGACAAAGUCACCAAAGGGUGACUACUACACACCAUCAAAUGCCACCGUUGAGAUUGUCCCAACCACAGAGCGGCAGAAUCACGUGGCCCGGAAGAUCGUGAAGAUGACUAAACAACCUCCAAAUAAGAAGAAGAAAGGGGCACCGUCACGGGAGAAAAAAGUCACCCGUACCAUCAUGGCCAUCCUGGUAGCUUUUGUGGCCACCUGGACCCCUUAUAACGUGAUGGUGCUUAUCAACACCUUUUGCUCCAGCUGCAUCCCCAACACAGUGUGGACUAUUGGUUACUGGCUGUGCUACAUCAACAGCACCAUCAAUCCAGCCUGCUACGCCCUGUGCAAUGUCACAUUUAAGAAGACAUUCAAACAUCUUCUACUCUGCCAAUAUAAAAGUAGUAGAUCGGCCAGAUAAAACUACAGGCCGAAAAAGGAUGAGCUGUCUGUAUGUCUGUGUGUACAUUUGUGUGAUUGUGUUUAGUCAUUUUUGUCUGUGAAAGAGGUUUGAAGAAUAACAAGAGUACAUUUUGAAAUCACUUUCCAUAUUUUUUAUCAUUAGUUUUCCAAAUUCUCUCAAUAACCGGUUGUAGCACUUUACACUAAUUCAACUGAAGCCAGUUGCAUUGAGAUGUGUUGUGUUGGAAAAUCAUGGAUGAGGAAGCUUGUGAAAAAAAUCUGAAUUAUGGAGACAGAGCUCAGAAAAGAGAGGUUGUAUAAGCAGGAAACAGGGAGUGACAUUGGACUGAUUAAAUAUUAAGAAAGACAAACAGAGAGAGAUCUGUGCUGUACGGAAAACACAAGAAAACUUCAAAAUGGGAAAAUAGGGCUGACUGAAUUUACAAACCUUUUAGGUUUAAAGUUCAGUGAAGACACUUGUAGAUAACUGUACAUAUCAGUGUAUAUUCUAUUUAUGUGCGCACACAUGGGUGUGUGAUGACACUGCAUAUGUGUUCACACCCACUUGUGCCCCUCUGCUUGCUUUAUUCCAGAGUGUGAUCAACUUCAUGGUACUUCCAACCAGCAAUACUUAGAAUAUGGUGUUGUUUAACCUCUGGCACAGUCACAUCAGGACUGGUGGUUGUACCAUAUAACCAACAACAACAAUCAGUAAACAGCUAAUUAUAAUUUUGGCUUCAAAGGGUCUGUUUUUACUAAUUCAAAAACACAUCAAAUUGAAAUGUCUGUUGCUGGUGGUAUUAAGGAAGUACUUUGUCAUUUUGUGGUAUUUUGGCCCUUUUGACAGUGGCUUAAGAACCUCAUGGGAGCUGUUACUGUUGAACAUUCUCCCUAAGUUUAUACACAAUAAUCUUUGCAGAAGUUUUAUUGAAUUCACAGUAAACACUUCAAAAAUUAACUGUCUAAGUUAAGGCAAAAUGAAACCCUAGUUUAUUUUACUACAACACCACAGCUAGCAAGUGCCAAGUUCCCUUUUGUUUACAUCCUGUAUUUAGCUAAGACAUAGCAAUGGAGCAAAUUAAGUAUAUUUUACGCAAGUUAAAGCUGAUAAAUGUUAAUCAUCAAUACUUUUUACAGAAACUGCAGCAAACUAUUAUACGAACUGAUUUGAAAAAUGAUGAAAAAUAAAUAGCAGCGGGAAAUUUGACGUAGAACAAAUCUACCAAUCAUUUUUCUUGUGGUCCACGUCAAUCCAACGGCAACCACCUAAGUAAGAUGUGUUGCCGUUCCAAUUGGCCGCUGGAGGCUGGCUGCAAAAGAUGUUAAAAUACCAAACUUAACAGCAAAGCAGGCACAUUUCUAGCCUGAUUCAAAAAACAUUUUGGGCUCAAUCAUUUGAUUUCACAUCCAUGACAACUCUCAAGUCCAUUCUUCUCCUUCAUUGCCAAGUUUUGUGUGUGCAAACGCAGCACAGAUGCAUCCGGAGUGUCAGUCAUAGUUGUCUUCUUUUUUAUCAAAUUCUAUCGGCAGUUGACAAACAGCAAAAUUGGCGCACCACUACCAAUAGGUGGUAAAGAGUGUUAGUUUGCAAAACCAGUGGAUUCUUCAAGGGUCAACAUCGUUAGAGACACAAUGACUGAAAGGACCAAGGAGAGAGGUUUUACCCGUCCAGCAUCCUAUGUUUUGCUUCAAACUGCCGUUAAUGAAAAGCCACCUAAUGAAAAGCCACCUAAUGCUGCGCUGGUACUUGCAUUAGCCGCACUGCUGGUCUUGACCCUUCUGAGUACAUCCUUGAUGGUACAAUAUCAUCUUGUAACAUCCUCUCCUGCAUGGAGUCUGCUCACUCACAUUAUAAGUAACAAACAUGUAAAAGAGCACAUUUUUCUGCAGUAACCAAAAUGCAACUCUUACUACGAGCAUUAACAUCUGAUAAAGAUAAGAAAAUACCACUCACAUGUACAAGUACAGGUAGUUCAGUCCCACCCAUCCAUCUGAUCAUUAUCUAUACCUGCUUAUAUUUAGUCAGGGUCAGGGGGGUCUGCAGGAACGUAUCCCAGGUUUCCUUAGGCGAAAGACAGCGGUACACCAUGGACAGGUCGGAAGUCAUAAACAUGUUUGUUUAAAAAAAAAAAAAACUUCAUCUACCAGCACCACAUCUGAUUAACACGUUAACACACUGUAUUAAUGUGUUUACUCUGUACAAAAAGCAUUCCUGUUAUCCAAAGGUUUUGGGUCAUGGACCUCUUGUUUCUUACCAGGGUAAGGACUUAUUCCCACAUAAAUGUCCCCAGAAAACCCAUUUGAGAAGAUGCAUGGACCCCAAUAACCAUUAUAGGUAAUACCUAAACAGACCUCAUUAAUAGACCAACAAGUUCAAUGAAACAAAACAAGACAAAAUCUCAUGAGAUUGUUCAGACUCACUCUUUCAUUCCGUCAUCCUUCCUCCUAUAUCCUUCACUUCGGCUUUUACUGCUGAAAGGAUGUGGAGGGUUAAUUUCAAGGCAGCCUUUAAGGGCAAUUCAUGGCUUCCACGCUCACUUGUGCACAAGACCUGUGUGAUGUAAGUUUGCAUCUGCACCAGUCCACAAGAGUUCCUUUCAAACAAAUUUGCAGAUGAACUGAUUCAUCUAACAUUUAGAAAAAAUUAAAAAAAGAACAAUUUGAAGUCUAGUUUUAGGUGGAAACAUUGUUAUCCUGGUCAGCCAUCUUCUUCUUUUCCCUUUUGAUGCAAAGAUUUGCCUGGUUCCUGCGUAUUCAACUUUUAUAUCCAGGGGUAUUACUGGGUGAUGCAGAAGAAACUGCCUCUGGACGCCAUUGGACAUGCAUACAACCGUUCAGAAUAACGACGCAUCCAAUAUAGGCAGAGAGAGGCAACCAGAUCAACAAAUCAAUCAACAAAAUUCAGUGAGGAGGGAGCAUGGGGGAAUGACUGUUGUCAGCUUUGUACAAAAUAACUUGAAUGGGAGGAGAACCAGAACCAUUUCACAAAAUGAUUUUUGCAAAGUGAAGAGGGGUGGCUGGCCAGGCCAGAGACUUGUUAAAACCUCUGUAUUGUAUCUUUAGCAUUUGUUCUUAGCAGAUCUGUCCGUAGCUACUAACAUAUGGUAAUCAGAAAAGGACCUACUUUGUUGUACUUUACAACGACAAUAAAGAUCAAUUUGAUUUUUACUCUAUUCCUCAGAAAUAUUGCACAUGCAUACGUCCAAAGCGUCGGUGCAGCCGACCCAAAAUAUACUCUGAAAACACCUGUCUUCAGAGCUCUAAUCAGUUCUAGCAUGUGGACGCAGAAGCCAUGCACGAAGCCUUGAGGUAUUUUGGCUGUCACGUCUUUCGGUACUGAAGAACUGAAGCAGGUGGUGGGAGUUCAGAGCUGUCUGGCGUUACUGUAUGUGCGGGUUGCUCCCGCGUGUGGAUGGGAAACGCCAUUCGAUCACACUGAUUAUCGGGUGGAGAACAAGUGCUGUACUGUAAACGUGAAGAUCUAGAUGUGUAUGUGUGUGUUUGGAUAACUUGCUUGGGUGUACAUGCUGGCAUGAUUGUGUGCUCGAGUGCUGGAGUUUACUCCUGAUCACAGGUUGCGGCCUCGUGAUUAUUUUUAAAAAAAGGGCUAUUUCUAUGUCGUUCCAUGGUUGUCAUGACGCAUCUCCUUUUGAUGUUACGAUUCAUUCGAGUUAAUUAAAUCUCAAUCAUCAGCAUUAGAUUAAAAGUGAUAAGUCGUUGUGUUUAUUUUAACAGCAGAAAAAAUGAGAAAAUAUCAGUUUAAUGAGAGGCAUGUUCCGCGCAUUCAUGCGUAUCAUCCAUUAUUUCAGCCUAUUAGACCGUCCUCAGCUCUGGUAAUGUAUGCACGCUUGUUGAAGUGAUGAAUAUGCAGGAGGAUUCACCAUCAGGAGGUUGCCACAGUGGCUGGUAGGGGGGCUUUGCAAAGAUUUACGCCUUGCACCAAAUAGCUCCUCAAGGCUGUCGGCUUUAAAGAGAGAUCUGGGACAGAUCCCAUAAUGAAAACUCACCAUGAGGCAGAUCAGAUUACGGGUUGAUGUGGAACACCUACAUUUCAGAUUAAAGACUGUCCAUUACAUGCUCAGCUUGUGCUUUCAUGCGACACGCCCAUAUCCCAAUUAUUGCUCCACUCAAUCCUCAUCCUUGUUUAGUCUAUAUUCCUUCUAAAGUCAUAACCGCUACAAAAAUGUACAUGCAUAUCAUUUAGCUUGCUCUGUUUUUCAUGAGCUUCUUCUGCAUCUCUGGCUCCAGAACAUCCCUUAUUUGCUGCUAAAUUACAGUGAAGACAAUGGCAUUGCAUGCAUAUACCUUUGUCUCCUUCCCGUCGCAUCUUUGGUCAAAGAAGUACCCGGGUCAGUUCACUUGUCACACUUAGUGACCCACUGCAUAUGGAAUCACUCUUUGGAGAAGAAUAAUUGAAUAAAAUCUGAUUAAAUUAUUCAAAUUAAGUCCCCCAGAUGAUUAAGCGCAGACCUAGAGGACCAGUUUGCUUAGAACGAGUGAUGAUAUUGAUAGCAAACUUCAAGGGAGGGGAGUCAUUUUGAAGUCAUCCAUGCGGGUAUUGCCUCCUUUAGAUAUUAAAACAUAUCUCAGUUGUCUCUGUUGCCAUGGUACAUGACAAGCAGUACCGUCUUUGACUGGUUUUGGAAAACAAGGUGCUCACAGGGGCACACAGAAAACAAGAUUUAGGCAAAGCACGAUUUUUUACAUCAUAAUCAAAGUAAAAUAAUUGUGGGGACCCGGUGACCAAAGAUGCCUAAUAUGGGACCUUUUGAUAAAUAAUUGGGUUUACUUAGAUUUAAAAAAAAUUAAUGUGCAAGUUCUUAAGAGAGGCAGCAGCCUAGUCAGUAGGAUAAUCCAUCCAUACGCUCGACAAUCGACAACUAAAAUUUCUGUGAUUUUUGAACGCUAAAUAGAGUUUCUUUGUACGAACCAGAGCGUCUCUGAUCGUUUCUCAUCAGACAUGAUGCCCACAGGUUUAACUCAAUGUUCCAACAACCCAGUUUCACAACAUAUUAUUCCCCAAAGAAGAUGUUGCAACUCUUAGUGGACGUUAUUUGAAUUUUUCUGGCUGUAAACAAAAAACAGUCAUGAGGAGUUUCAAACUAUUAUAAAAGGUUUUAUUUAUGUCCCAUCCUUAUUUAUUGGACUGUAAAACCCGGCUUCAUCAGUGUUUGACAUUCUACUCCAGUAAUUAAAAUGAAAGUGGAGACGUAAAAUAAUUAGUUAAGUAUUUAGUUAAUAGACUGAUAUAGAAUUAAGUGGAAUCAAAAGACUUUAUAAUACUUUAAUUAAUCCAUCCUGCAGAUUGUUAUUUUCGUCUAUAAGUAAUGGAGCACAAAAUGAAAAGUUUGUUUGAACUGUAUUUCAGACGUUCAGUACAGCGUUUAUGGGCAUUCUCUUCAAAAGAAUUCAAAUUAUGAAGUAGUUUAAAAACAAAUUAAGGAGAACUAAUACCCAAGUAUCUCACAUUUUUCACAUGGGUACAUUUGUAAUUUGUUGUCCUUCUGUACAUCAUGCAUGGUCCAAGAGAGCCACCCAAGUGUUUGUCACGUUGGCGAGUGGAGCCAUGUUUGUCUGACAUCCAUCACACAUCUCUUUUGGCGACUAAAACAGCUUUCCAUGGCAUAUGAUUAAUCUCCGCUAAGCUUUCUGAGUGAUAACAGCGGGAGAGUUAGCGGCUCUCAGCUCGGGUAGUGUCCAUCUCCAUCUGAGGACAUGCUUAGGUGUUUAGUUGAAGGUGAUGGCUGUUUAUAGCAUCAGGGGGCGAGGAAAAGGUUGAGACGAAAACAAAAAAAGAAGAGCUCUGUGCAGGACCGAAGUUCUUGCAUAGCAUCUCACCCCCUAUACAGAAAUGUUGGGAACAGGAGUCGUUUUUUGUAUGAGGUCUUGCCUGGAAGUGACUCGGGAGGGCUUUAUGACAGGAUGACAAAGUGUUGUUUCGUGACAGUGAAAGAAUGCAGCUGUCAUGCAUGAAAGCGAGAGAGAGCCAUCUGAUGGCCCCAAGGUGUGAGUUGUGCAUAUGAAACAGAUGAGCACGCCUUUGUAAGCGCGCUUACUCUGGGAGAGGGGUGGGGGUGAAAUGGCGUCUGCUGCAGACGAGAUCCAAAGCUUUAGGAUCCCACAGCAAAGUGGACCAUGUUUGGAGAAGUUGCAGCCACUGUGGGCAGGUCAGCCAAGGGUUUUAGUGUCCCAGACAAAACCUGCUACCUGAUGUAAACACAGUUUGAUACUUCACCGUUUACCGUCCCUCCUGCUCCUUUUAUUGUGCGUCAUUCUUGUGUUGUGCAAACAGAAUCCCUCCUUUCUCCGUUUGUGGUCCUGAAGCUUAACGUUUUAUGAGUCCAUUCACAUGUCUCGCCUACGUAUUCUGGCGUUCAUCCGUCUCAAAGCACUUAAAACAAACAUUAAUAUUCACCAGAUCAUAAUGUGCCGUCAGAGCUAGCUGGGCUCCUGUUCACACGGCUUAUGUCAAAGGGCUACACUCCUUUUACGGAGUACAUGCGACAUGAACUGAGACCACUUCAGGUUCAAUGUUUCUACAACUUUGUGCAGCAACACAAAGGAGAAAAAAAUGCGGCGGCUUCUCCACGUGGGAGAAGAACUGGAAGCAAAUAUCGUUGGAUUGUACGGAGCAAUUUCAAGUGCCUUAUCCAGAGUGACGUUCACAAAUUGCUCUUUUAUCCUUAAAUCCCUCCUGUAUCUUUACGAGUGUGUGUCCUGGGAGGUGUAGAUGGAGCUGCAGUGUGGCGCGAGUAAUUCAGUCUUCCUAAAUAAUUCUCUGUCUUUUCUCAGCUCUGAGCUCCCAUCACAUAAUUUCCAUCUCAACUGCUCGUUGGCAUGCGAAUGAAAAGUUUAGACUGAACAAUCUGAAAAAGGAUCAUCUCAUUUUGCUUUUAAAUAAUCAAUAAAAACAGGACAUAAUAACAAAAUAAAAUCAUGAUGACACAAAAGGCUGUUUUGGUAUAAUUCCCAUACAAAGUGUGUACAAAUGGGAAGCCUGAGUUUCUGUUUUUACGUCCACAUUUUGCAAUCAGUAAAGGCUGUUGAAUCUGUCAUAAUAAUAAUAAUAAUACUACAUUAGAUUUAUUUAAGGCGCCUUUCAGGGCACUCAAGGUUACCUUCACAACAUUGAUUAAAAGAGCAAAAAAAGGACUACAAUAUGAAUGCAAUAAAAUCAGUAAUCAGUAGUAGCCUGGGGGGGGGUUAAAGUGAGUAGGCAGUUUGAACUGGUGGGUUUUUAGAUGCGAUUUGAAGAUUGAUAGUGAGUUAAUGUUAAUCAACACAGAAGUUGAAGAACUGAACUGCACUUCAUCGACUGACCACUGGGGGCUGUAAUUCAGUCUCCACUGACCCCCUUAUGUCAAAUGUGAAGUUUUACAGCAGAAUUAAACAUAUUUAUAGCCUGCUACAAGAAGUGGUUUUGAUCUCCAAAGUUUGGAUUUGAUAUCCAUGACAACAGUACAGAGGUGCUUUUUUUUACCUUACUAUAUCAGGUAAAAUGAUUUAAAGCCAAACAUUUUCCAAGUUAAGCAUUAUUAAGGUCUUAUUUUUUGGUUGGUUGAGGGGCGGAGCUUAGCUAAGUAGCAUCCAGUGGAAGGUCCAGUUGGUCAGGGGUAACCUGAGGACAGACUCUAGAUCAACAGAUGCUACCUCGUGCAGAAACUGGGGCAGCCAAGUCCUCUGCUCGAGCCACCACCGCUCCCACACACCCUUCCAGGUCGACUUCCAGGUUGCUCCGCUGGGACACCGAGCCAGGAGUGAGGUCUGCUGGGAUGGCUGAGUGUCGGAGCGAUCACAUGUCCUGGCGGAGCUCGGUCGGAGCUCCAGUAAUCCUCAGUUCACCUUUGGCAGUACUCAUUUCAGGAUAGAUUGACAGAUUUUUAUCACACUGGAUGUUAGGUAGAGUUAGCCAAGCUAAAAUAGCUGAUUUGUGGUAAAUUAAGUAAGGUGGGCGUGUUUACAACCAGCUUCCAGAUUGGAAUAACUGGUGGAGUCAUCCAGAACCCCAAAAAUUGCCCUUCAGAGCAACCCACAGAAAGUGUAUGUGUCAGUGAUGUGUGCAUGCAGAUUCUUUUUCUUCCCUCUAUUUAUUUAAAGCCAUCCUUGGUAUGAAAACAUCAAAUUAGGUCAAAUAUGUUGGCAUGGAUCGUGGAAUAUGUGUCUGUUUCUCUGUCAUCACUUUUUGCCUGUUUUAGUAGUAAAAAGCUUCCAAAGACUCAUGUAAACACAGCUGUCUGUGCAUUUACAUGCAGAUGUAUAUGAUAUUGUACAUUUUCUAUCAUAUUUUGUAAAUCUGCGUCUUUUAUCAAUGUACAGAUGUAGUAUUUUAAAUCAGAAUAUGACCAGUGUACAGCCAGAGUUUCUUGCCUCUCUUUUAAAAAUGUUCCUGGAAUUCUUUGAGGAUAUUACGGAUUAAGAGAGUUUUCAAACAGGAUGUUAAUACAAAAAGUAGAAGGUGAAAGUGUAUAUGUUGAAUUUGUGGCGCACAUGAGUUGCCUAGAAAUGGAUUCCUUGCUUGGAAAAUGAGAGAGUGGAUUCUCACUUUUCCACUUUGAAGCCGAGUUUCUGGGGAGUUGCAAGAAUGGCUUCUGCAGCCGGAGAGAGGGAAGAAAGAGACCCCAGGAGGAGGACGUACGCUAAAACUAGUUUCAGUGUGGUCCCAAAAUCCCAGAGGCGCGAGCGCUUUCAUUUUGAUUUUCACCUGUAAAUUCAUGAGGCGUCACGCUCUCUCUGGGAACAGGCUGCUUCGCUCACUGGACUCCAUAUAUAACUUUUUUGCAGUUUACCAAUCCUGCGGAGGGGAGUUAUGUUGAGAGUCUGAGGUGUGAGACCCAACGUGAACUUCAAGGGUCCCAGACGUUUGCUUUCAAAAUAAAUUAAUAUCAGCAAAGGAAUAUAUAUAUAUAUAUAUAUAUAUAUAUAUAUAUAUAUAUAUAUAUAUAUAUAUAUAUAUAUAUAUAUAUUUCAUUUGCUUUUGUAUGUAGGUGUUUAUUGUGCUUUCACCCACUGUGGCUUGUGGCUUCUCUUGCAAUAGGAAAAAUAAACUCCACAGUAUAUUGUUUGCAUUGUACAUAUUUAUAUGACACUAUAUGUGACUCAGAUGUGCUCCUUUUAAGAUGUACAUGCACAUGUUUAAUGGCAACUAUCUGAAUGUCCCUCCUCCCCCCGAAAACCCCACGUUUAUUCUCCCCUCCACACUUCCUGUACAGUCACAAUGCUAUGGAUUUCCGUUUUUGAUGCAUACUUGAUCACCUGUUCUCACCGGUCCCCCCUCAUGACGCUGUAAGAUGAACUGCAUUAAAAGUGGUUAAAAUUGUACCAUAAUCUCUCCGAAUGAAAUUCAAAUAAAAUAUAUAUGAAAUGUGUUUGAAAAUUGUUUUUUAUUACUUUUUAAUUGAUUGAUAG